AACCUACUGAUGUCUUACAGUUUUCAAUUUGUGUUCUGCAUGAGUUCCUGGAAAACACAAGGUUUGGUUUUGUCUGCACGCAUCAACUUGCUCGAUCGCCAUUGAGAGAGUUUCCCGGUCCAACAUGUAUGCUGGCAAUGACAAAUUCCAUACAUAGUCGGAUAAGGUUCGGCAGACAUGGCUUCAAGUUCAACUUUCCCGCGGUUGCUUGUGCACACAAGGCUCUGAACAAAACGUGUUGCUGCCCUAUAAAUACGAUCCAACUUACGUUCACCAAGCAUUACCCCUCAAACAUACAAGAAGAAGCAGCAUUCGAAGUGCUUACAUCUUGUGAGAUUAAAAUCUGCAGGUAUAUAUCUCUGAAGAAGAUGAGCAGCUCGGCAGUUGGUGAUGGCAAGGGGUGUGAUGCUACUCCCAAGACAGAGUGGCCUGAGCUAGUGGGAAGCACGAUCAAGGAGGCGACGGAGAAGAUCAAUGCGGAGCGGCCGGACCUCAAUGUGGAGCCGGUCCCUGUUGGCACCAUAGUCCCCCAAGAUUUCGACCCGAAGCGCGUCCGUCUCUGGGUUGACACCGUCGCCGAGGUCCCCAGGAUUGGCUGAACCAGCUUAACGCAAAGCCACCGAAUAAUGAAUGCUACAUGCAUGUGUUCCACAGACCAUUCUACAUAGGUCAAUUAAAUAAAUAAAAAAUAUGGCUGUGAUGGAGCGUUCUGGUAUGCCAUUAAAAUUGUUAUGUUUCGGAUAUACACCAUUAUUAUUUGCAAUAUCAGAAACAUGCUAUUACAAUUACACACUUUCUGAA